AUGUUGAGCAUCACCAAAUCAGCCCUAGCCGCGGCUUGGCUUUGGUCUUCCUUGACAUUGGCCUUCACGAACCCAAUCAAGACGCUCAAUGGAAGUGAUCCCCAGAUGGUAUAUGACAACGGCUACUACUACCUCACUUCCACAAGUUGGACCACAGUCGAAAUCACAAAGGCUCGGACAAUUGAAGGACUAAAGACGGCCAUCCCGACUGUCAUCUACGACGACAAAUCAGACCCUUUAAGAACGAGAAACUGGUGGGCACCUGAAAUCUGGCGUCUCAAUGGCCGCUGGUAUGUGUACUUCUCAACGAGCAUAAAUGGCACCUGGGGCGAAAUGCUCCCAAGUCUUACCCAAUGGGUCCUGGAGGGAGGCACCGGAGCGCCCCUAGACGAACCGUUUUCCCUCGUCGGCAAAAUACGUCCAGAUAACUACCACGGCGGAAUGCUGGAUGGGACCGUGUAUAAUAUCGACGGCCAAGAUUAUUUCAUUUUCUCAUCUGUGGCCAGCGACGACGAAUCGCCGAAUGGUGCUUCACUGUGGAUUUCCAAGCUUUUGGACCCUACAACUGUCGGUCCAGCCACGAUGAUCGCGUAUCCAGAGUUCGACUGGGAGCACGAGGCCUCAGCAGUUCUAGAAGGUCCCGCAGGCAUCACGUCUCCCUCUGGAGAGGUCUGGGUGGUGUAUUCCGCUGAUAGCUGCAACGGCCCCCAGUACAAGCUAGGAGGCAUGAAGCUCUCGCCUGGUGCUGAUCCGCUGCUGGCCUCGUCGUGGACCAAGCUGCAGGAGCCCUUGCUUGUCACAAGUGUUGAGAACGGGCUGUAUGGCCCAGGACACAACGGGUUUUUCAAGAGCCCCGAUGGGACACAAGACUGGAUGGUCUUCCACGCGAACAGAAAUUCCAACGGGAGCUGCGACGCAAAGAGGCAGACGUUUAUUCAGCAGGUCCAAUGGAAUGAGGAUGGUUCACCUCAGCUUGCGCCACCGCUCCCUGCGGGAACUGAGAUCCAAGCACCGUCUGGGGAGUUGCUAGUUCCGCCUGUCACUGAGAAGGACGUUCGCAACUUCGAUCUAUACGCUGAAUACGCUCUUGCAUCCUAUUGUAAUUACGACACCGAUGCUGGAAAUCCAGUCAUUUGCCAAGGCGGUUGCCCAACGGUACAAUCAGACGGAGCUAAGAUUGUUAAAGGCUUUGAGGGCCCUCUCACCAAAAUUGCGGCCUACGUUGCCACUAUCGAUUCACGAAAACAAAUCGUUCUUUCCGUCCGAGGCACAUCCAACAUUAAAAACUGGUUGACGAACCUCAAGUUUGUCGCACAAAACUCGGACCUUGUCGACGGCGGGUUGAUUCAUGGUGGUUUCAGCAACGCUUGGCAAGAGAUAUCUGUGGGAGUACUGGCCGCAGUCAAGCAGGCCAAGAAAGACCAUCCAGCUUACUCCAUCAUCGCAACUGGGCACUCACUUGGCGGUGCGGUCGCAACCAUUGCGACGGCAUAUCUCCGCAAGGCAGGCUACGACGUGGACCUAUACAGCUACGGUGCUCCCCGCAUUGGAAACGGCGCCCUCAGUGAUUUCAUCACGAACCAGAAGGGCAAGGAGCACAGAAUCACACACGGCCGCGAUCCCGUGCCUCGUGUUCCUCCCUCCGCCUUGACGCCUUACAAAUAUCGUCAUGUGUCUCCCGAGUACUGGCUCACAGGGAAGCCUGCAGACCCCAGCAACUGGCCAAUCGCCAAUAUCACAGUCUGCGAGGGGAAUAAUAACUCCGACUGCAACGGGAGCUCGUUAAAGUUCCGUAUCAAGGACCAUUUGAAUUAUCUUGGAUCCACCGAUUGCAGACCCAAAGGUGUAGCAGCGUCGAGGUUCCAGGUUAUGUCAGACGAAGAAGCUGCCCAACUUGAUCAGCUACUCAGCGAAUGGGUCCAUAUGGAUGCUGCGGAAGACGAGGUCUAG